AUGAGGUGUCGGACUUUCCAUCUGUUCGGUGGGCUUGCACUCACAAUCGCUGCCGUCCAGCAACCGCUUGUGGAGUCCCAGGCAGGUAUCUUUCACGGCCGUUACCUCCCCGAAUUCCAACAGGAUCUUUACCUGGGCAUUAAGUAUGCGCCCAAGCCGGAGCGAUUCGCGCCCGCCGCGUUGAGUAACGACACACCAAAAACACACUUCAAUGUAACCCGUUAUGGGCUUGACUGUAUCGGCUAUGGCUCAGACACCACGCGAUUGGUCAAAGAAGGUUGGACAGAGCUUGGCGAAGACUGCUUGCAUCUGAAUAUUAUCGUACCGAAGACAAAACAGAAGAACUUGCCAGUGCUUUUGUGGAUCUAUGGCGGUGGAUGGCAACAGGGCGCUACAAGCGAUCCACGAUAUAAUAUGAGCUACGUUGUUGAGCAAUCUGUACUGAAUCACAAGCCCCUAAUCGGUAUCUCGAUCAAUUACCGACUGGCGGCGUUUGGUUUCGUCUCAAGCGCCGAGAUCACUACGGAGGGUGCACAGAAUCUGGGUCUGCGUGAUCAGCGUCUGGCAAUGCAAUGGGUAAACAAGCAUAUCUCUUCAUUUGGCGGUAAUCCAGAGAAAGUUACGAUCUGGGGUGAAAGUGCAGGUGCGUACUCAGUUGGCGACCACAUAAACGCAUACGAGGGUGACAAUGGUGGUCUCUUCUGGGCUGCGAUACUGGAAAGCGGAGGUGCUGUCGGUCCGCCACUGAAUGGGACAGACUGGUACGAAAGCAUGUACAAGAACCUCACUGCUUCGGUCGGCUGCGCAAACUCAACAAAUACACUCCAGUGUCUACGUCAAGUACCCUACGAGAAGAUUGCACCUUACGGAUACGUGGGCCUCGAAUGGUUCCACGUCAUCGACGGUACAUUCAUUCCUCGUUACAGCCGGGAGUCUCUCCUCCUCGGCAAGUUUGCAAAAGUUCCACUGAUACUGGGCACCAACACGGAUGAAGGAUUUGGGGUGAAUGGGGUGAACACAGAUGCGCAAGCCAUCGAACAAUUGCUGACCUCAAAGCGGUGGAACUUGGAUGAAGAGCAAGCUCGACGCAUACUUGAGCUUUACCCAAAUGACCCAUCACUAGGGGAGCCAUAUGGCUGGGGUAACAGGACCUGGCCUGAGAACGGGCUACAGUACAAAAGAUACCAAAGUAUCGCGACUGACCUAACCAUGUAUGCGCCGAGAAGGCUGUUAGCAGAAAAAAUGAGCGACUACGUUGAGAACGUAUACUCUUACCGGUGGGAUGCCCCGAAAUUCAACACCACGCCAAGUAGCAUCGGCGUCAAUCACUUUUCGGAAAUCCCAUUUGUCUUUGGCAAUACUGAGCAGCAGAUCACACCGCUCGGUGAUAGCACAGCCAAUUUAAAACUUUCUAGCUUGGUCAUCAGGAUGUGGACAUCAUUCGCCUAUGAUCUAGAUCCUAAUGGACAUGGCAUCUCGAACGUGGAUCGAUGGCCACAGUAUGGAAACAGCACGUCAAACUUCGUCUUCCGCAACGAUCGAAGCUACAUCGAGAAAGACAACGACAGAGCUGAGGGCGUGGCUUACAUCAACACUCUGGUACGCUAG